CGAUGAUCUGUUGUCUGUCUCAGUGCGAUGCAAGUAUGUCGGGUCGCCGAGGGCCUCGACGUCAGUUUUUUACAGAUCUGUGUCAACGCCGUUUGCUUGCUGCUCUCUACUGCGCAGAAUCUACUGAUUUGAUUGCUUUGACAUAAAGAACACGCAUCUACUAUAUCGUCAUCUUCGAAAAGUGAGUAAGCAAGUAAUUCCAAAAUGGCCGAAGCGCCCCUUUUAUCUAGCUUUGAAAAACGACAACCGCACGACGAGAUGGCCGCGUCUAAAUCGACCGGCGCGCUUCUGACCACGCCGGAGCAGUCGACCCGCACAUUACACAAAAACCAAAAGCGUGCUCCUGUUGGUGUUGACGACGGCCCCGAGCAGCAGCAGAAUAGCAAAUGUUUUACAGUGCACGAAGACGGACUGUUCCUGUCACGGUCUGCUUUCAAAAUUGCCACCGGUGGACAAGACUACGAUGAGUUCGUGCAGAAGAUGCUCUCCUCCUAUAAUGGGGCAGCGGCGAAUAAACUUGAACACGGAAGUGAAAGUGACCCGAACAACGUGGCCAUAGAAGCACCUAUAGAGACAAAGAAGGUCCAGGAUGAAAACGGCGCCGCCCUCGAAAUUUUACCAUUGGUCUUCACCGUCUCCCAAGGGGAUUCAAUCACCGUUGGCGGGUCCGGCGUCCAUAGCAAGACAGCAACACCAGAAGCAGGCUGCUCUUCUCCCGAAACAGGUUCGGACAAGGUCUCCCCCUCGGGCGGAGCCGAGCAUCGUGACACCCUGCUAGUAGAUGAAAGCGUUUCCGCUGGUGCUUCCGGACACGAUAUUCUUGAUGUCGGUGAUGACGAUGAGGAUUUUGAUGUUGGUCUUCUGGAUUCAUCGUUCCUCCGUGACUCGGAGCGGGAAGGCACGGAAAUGGAGACAACACCACUCUCGCGGAACAGGUCGCAAGAUGACGGAGACGAAGAUAGCAGUCUCGACCUCGAAGUCGACCCAAAAGUCAGUUUGGUUUUGAACCGAGUAAAAUUCUUGCAGUUCUUAGGCUCGCGAGUCGGCCUCGGCUGUGGAUUAUCGAAAGAAUUGCGCAAGCUAGAUGAAAGCGAGCUUUUCAGGCAAAAAAUCAGAUAUGUUGCGCAAAUCCAGCACGAACACUUCGCUCCCAAGCCCCCGACCGAUGCGGAGGUUCCGAUACUACCGUUGUAUCCGUUGCAGUUUGCUUGUCGCCGGAUCCACGAAACUGCAAAGAAAAUUCUUUCAGACGUUGUUGAAGCGCACUACGGCCUCAAUGUACUCUUUCGUGUCCUCAACGGCGGAGGUGUACAAAUCGCGGCGGGUGUCGCUGCCCCGUUUGUCGUUCCGGACAUAGAAUGCAGCCGCUCCCACCUUUCGCUUGACGACCUGCUUGAACUUGAGGCUCCUUACGCCGUGGGAAAAUCUGUGGCGUCCGAAAAGGUCAAGUCCAGGGCCGAGCCCGAUCUCGUAUCGCGCCGCGCUUUGGAACAAGAGGCCGCUGUUUCCGAAGCGGAGUCGAUCCGGCAGGCCGGCAGGGAUUUUGAAAAAGAGUUCAAACUUCCGGGCAACACAAUCCAACACGCACUACACUACAGCAAGCCACGCCACUGA